GAUAGAACUUGAGUAAAGCCAGCCAUCGAAAUUAGCUAAAAGCGCAUAGCAUUUUAUGUAAAAUUUUAUAUAUACUAAACUGUUUGGAUUAUUAUUCUAUCUGCAAAAAAACCCUUGGGUCCGUUGGAGAAUACAGUGUUUGAACGGAAAUUUGUUACAUUAAAAGUGAGUCAAUAAUGAGUGGACCGAUUUUUGGAAGCAGCAAUGCUCUUGGAGGCAGUUCCGGUGGGAAUCGUCACCUUGUGGAAUUUCGCGCUGGGCGGAUGAAUCUUGUCAACAAGAUGGUUCACCCGGAUAAUCGAAAAGGGUUGGUUUAUGUAUAUCAGGCUGAUGAUGGGCUCAUUCAUUUUUGCUGGAAAGAUCGCACCACAGGAAACGUCGAGGAUGAUUUGAUUGUUUUUCCCGACGAUUGCGAAUUUAAGAAAAUUGAAAAUGUUAAAAACGGUCGGGUAUUCUUGCUUAAAUUCAAAAGUUCUAGUCGUCGAUUGUUCUUUUGGAUGCAGGAACCGAAAACAGACAAGGAUGAAGAAUGGUGCCGCAGAAUCAACGAGGUUAUCAAUAACCCUCCAUCGUCGAAUAGCUUGAGCGGUGGUUCCGGACGAGGUGGCAGUGGAAGUGAUAAUGGAGAUUUGCAGUACAUAAUGCAAAACAUGUCUCAGCAGCAGUUGAUGCAACUAUUUGGAGGAGUCGGUCAAAUGGGAGGGCUAAGUAGUCUUUUGGGCUCCAUGAGUCGUUCAUCCUCGGGAAAUUCGAGUAGCCGCACUAGCGCCACACCUUCUAGUCGUAGUGCUCUUACGUCCAGCAACACCGGCAGCGGUACAGUCACAACGCCGACAGCGGCAUCAAACUCCCCUUCUACUCCACGUGCACCUCGAAAGAAUGCUUCCGAUGCAAAUAAAACUACUGGUGGCACAGCUGCGGCGACGCCUUUAACGGGAAGCAAUACCGGCAACGGAUCCGGUGAAGUUAAUAAUGCAACCUCUGGUGGAAACCGUGUCCGUCUGGCUGAUCUCCAAAAUUAUUUGGCCGGGAUGAGCCCAGCUGGAGCAAACGGUGGACAACGACGCAACGUAGAUCUUGCUUCAGCAGUAAAUUCAGAAUCGCUCUCAUCCGUCAUCGCAGUCCCAGAGCAGGUUGAAGCACUGGUGGAGCAUUUGCCACAGAUCGAAGGAGAUGAAAACAAAAAGCAACAGCUUAAGGAAACCUUAUCAUCACCCCAGUUUCAACAAGCUCUAUCAAUGUUUUCCAAUGCCCUGCAAUCUGGCCAGCUAGGUCCGGUAGUUUCCCAUUUUCAAUUGAAUGCAGAAGCAGUAGCUGCUGCAAAUAGUGGCGAUCUAGAACAAUUUGUCAAAGCACUGGAAGCCGCCCACAACCAAGGCGAAGCAGACAAGACAAAACCAUCUACAACCAGCCCAGAAAAAACCGAAACCAAGGAAGAAAACGGUACAUCGGCGGCCAAAACAGAUAAAAAGGAUGAUGACGAGCUGGAUUAGUUUGUUUUUUCAUGUUUAUAAACUUUAAAUCAAAUGUUUAUUGAUUUACCGUUGCUUUGAAAAUUAAAAAAACUGGGUUAAAAAACGUUAGGAAGGUUAAAACUCUAGAUGGCAGAACGAAUGGAAUAAUCAAGGCAGUGCCAAUACUAACUAACCUACAACGCGAAUGCAAGGAAUGUUUCUGUCUUCAAUUACCUACCUAAAUACUUACUGCUAAUGGUUCGCAGAUAUUUUAAAACUAUUGCAUUAUAUUUUCAAACAAUCCUAACGAGAAGCGAACAGAAGAAUAUUGUUUCAUCUGACACACACCUAUCACACAAACUGCACAUAAAAAUAAACGCUUCUUGUAUAAUCGGCAAACUUUGCUGCAUAAACCAAUUAUGAUGUAGAGAAAUCUUAGGGAUUAUGAAAAAUACGAAAAAUAAAUGUUUCA